UUGUUUUUGCGUAAAAUGUGCUUCAAUAUCAUCAGUUCGGUUGAGACAGUCAGCAAGAGCGGUCUGUUGUUUUGAUGCUUUCCAUUUGCCGUAUAAAGUGGAAUCGGUUUUUAACAAUAAUAAAAAUUGUUCGAAGAAAAUAAUAAGAAGGAAAAAAUCGAAUCAUUUUCGAGAUUUCUUUUCGUAUACACAUCAAACGUUUGAUGUUUUGAUUAUGUGCUCAUCAGCAGUGAUUACAUGAAACAUUUGAUUCAAAGAAGCCGUGUAAAAUCUUCCAGUGUUUCUCGAUCAUAAAACAAUUUCUAAAAAAAAAUCUAAGUUUACGCAAAAUGCUUUCAACAAAUCUGCACGAAUUAAAUCACUGUCCAAUUUGUUGGAUUAGAUAAUGGGAACCUGGAUUCAAUCGAAAAGGGUCAAGCAAUGACAAACAAAAUGAUUAUCUUCUGUGUUUUCGGCAUUGCUAUUAGUGCGGGUUUCAUUGUGCCGAUGGUUAGUGGAAUACAAUGCGAACGGAUUAUUGUGCCGGCAUGCCAAUUGGGAUACAAUAUGACUGCAAUGCCAAAUUUGGCAGGACAUACAAGCCAAACGGAUGCUGCGAAUAUGAUUAACGAGCUACUUCCAAUUAUGGAUUCGGAAUGCUCUCGUCAAGCCAGAUUCCUGUUAUGCGCAUCAAUGUUUCCCCUAUGUUCGCCGGAUGUGUCACGCCCCGUAGCUGCUUGCAAGUCACUAUGCGAAAAAGUCAAAUCAGAAUGUUCAGAGGAUGCAGUGGCCGCGCUUUGGCCAAAAUUUAUCGACUGCGAUGCACUACCACAACCUGAACGCCAGGAGCUGUGCAUGGAAGUGCCACAGGAUGAGUUGAAAUUCAGUCGUAACAAGGGACAGGGGUCAAUAUGGCCUUGGCUGAAAAAUUCCAACAUCGUUCGCACUAUGAGCACAAUUAUUUGUCCCGCCAACUUCACAGCCGUCAACAAUGAAUGUGGGCCACUGUGUGGCACCGACGCAAGAUUCACAGCUCAACAGAAAAAAAUCGCCGAGACAUGGACACUCGCACUUUCGGCGAUAUGCUUUAUAUUAACACUAUUCUCGUUGGUGACAUUUUGGGCGGAACCGAUGCGUUUCGGUUAUCCGGAGCGGCCAGUAUUGUUCUUAGCAUUAUGUUACAAUUUACUCAGCGUUUGUUACUUAGAACGUGUGAUAUUCCAUAAUCCAUUACGUGAAGGACGUGACGAUCACUGCCUAUGCUGUGGCAUAUCGUCAUCGCCGUGUCUUGCAUCGUACAUUACAACUAGUUAUUUAACAUUAAGUGCGUCCACUUGGUGGUUAAUAUUUUCAUUUUGUUGGUACUUAAGUACGGCCAAACAAUGGUCUUCCGAAGCAUUAGAGAAGAAAUCCGGCUUAUUCCAUGUAAUGGCUUGGGUACUUCCGUUAGCACCACCUAUUGCUGCAUUGCUCUGGGGUGCAGUAAAGCAACAAGAACUGACUGGAAUGUGUUCGUCAUACGGUUUUGUUAAAAUUCCGACACUUGUACUCCUAGUUACAGGUGCAAUAUUCACAAUAUUGGCAUCGAGAUCCUUAAAGGGUUUAAGCGUCACCGUCAAUGACGAUUCUUUUAAUCGACGAUUGACCCAAGUUCGAACGCGUAUUUUAGUAUUUAGCUGUGUAUUUUUUGUGCCGGCAUUUCUUGCCGUUGUCCUAGGAUUCUUUGAGCCACAGUAUGAGACUGUACCGUCAUGUGUAUUUGGCGAACCGUGCCUAUCACCAAAGAAAUAUUCAUCGAUUCCUACGCUGAUGAGAUUGUUUUUCAUUUUGGCGGGUGGGUCAUUAGCCGGUAUGUGGGUCUGGUCGAAAAAGACCUGUGAAUCGUAUCGCAGUCGAAUUUCAACGACACCGUCCACAUCGUCAUCAAUAGCCACCAAAUCUGGUCAUUUGAUAGCGAAAAAACCGAAACACAUCGGACCCUUGUAUGCAGGAAUUAACUUCCACAAUGUUCCUAUGUAUAAUCCGUCGCAGGGUGUUUAGGAUUCGAACCACUUGCGGAACGGUUGACAUAAUUUUUUGUGCGGAAAUGUGACUGAAACCGUAAUUGAAAUCAGAAUCUAUUCCCUGACCAAUUUCAUUUUAUAUGAGAAAAAUGAAAUUGUGUUCAAGGGAGUAGAGGCUGAUCGAAACCGUGAUUAUACGGCCACAACAUGUCGCACAAAAAAUUAAUUCGAUUGCGGUGCAUGUCGUAAUUCUCAAUAUAAUGAUAGCCCAAGGAAUGGACGGUAUUUUUGCGUCAAUACACAUGUUUAUCGGUUCUGAUGGAGUAACAGAAUUCGAUGUAUAGAACGCGAUGAUGGAAGGGCAUUUUUUUAUUAUUUUUUACGUAAUUUAAGUGUUUCCCACUUACAUGUUUUGAAUGAAUUGUGUCAGAUGUAGGUAGCUAUAGAAAUGUGCUGCAGAAAUGGAAAAACUCUAUCUAAUAGAAAUAUAAAAUUAAAUAAAAAAUUAAAUUACUAGUUUGCUUAGUGCGUAAUGAUUCUAUAGAAAAGCUUUAAAUUCUAAAAUUAUUUAUUUUUGUAUAUAAAUAUUUGUAAUAUAUAGAAGGACAAUCAAUGAAAAU